CACACAUAAAAUCCAUAGUUAAAUCCAUAAAUCAUAUUUUAUAACUUGAUCUCUUCACCUUAUAUCUCUCAUCGUCCACAUGAUACUGAUUUACUAUACCAUAUGACUCAUAACCCCAUUCCCAUAUGAUUUUUAUUAUACUAUAAUCAUACUAUAAUCAAUCUAAGGGGCCAAAUACCUAUGGCACCUGAAAAUCUAACAAUAUGGUGAAUCUAGGGUUAGCACGCAUUACUGCUCUACUCAAGCAGACACCACAGACAUGGAAUGCUAUCCAUGUUGCUGGAACAAAUGGCAAGGGCUCAAUAUGUGCCUAUUUGACUACUAUGCUCCGUGCCAAUAAGAUAUCAUGUGGCAGAUUCACCUCUCCUCAUCUUAUUGAACCCCGAGAUUGCAUCUUCAUCAAUGAUAGUAUUGUGUCCGAAAACAAGUUCCGCCAUUUUCAAGGCUUGGUUAAGAAGAGGAACGAGGAACAAAGUCUUGGUGCCAGCGAGUUUGAGCUGCUCACAGCCACAGCUUUUGAGAUAUUUCAAUCGGAGGAAAUCGAGGUUGGUAUAAUCGAGGUCGGGCUAGGAGGAGCCCUCGACGCAACGAAUGCGCUGAAACGUAAGUGCGUUACAGUCAUUAGCAAGAUUGGUCUGGAUCAUCAAUCGUUUCUGGGCAAUACCAUUGAGGAAAUCGCUGUUCAGAAAGCCGGCAUCAUGCGGAAGGGGGUGCCUUGUGUUGUGGACAGCAGCAACCCGAAAUCUGUAUUGGAUGUUAUGCAGAGGCAUGCUGAGGAAACGGGCAACGACAUUCACUUCACAAAUUACGAAACAAAUACACUUGUAGAGAAGCUGCGAGACAAUCUUGAACCACAUGAGUGUCAGAAUCUUGCAUGCACAUAUGACGCUUUCCAGCUUGCCUAUCCUCAACAAGCUAGUUCCAUUAAUAUUCUGGCUUCCGCCGUGCAAAAUAUGGUAUGGCCUGGAAGAUUGCAAUGGCUAAGCAUUGAAAAAAUUACGGGUAGGAAAGACAAUAUUCUACUGGACGGAGCUCACAAUCCUCAGUCUGCAGAAGUGCUCUCAGCCUUUGUUAAAAAGCAUCUGCGAUCCUCAAGUAAACCUAUCACUUGGGUCAUUGCUGCCACUCUGGGAAAGGACAUAUCAGAGAUGCUGAAGUUGCUGCUACAUGAUGGCGAUUCAGUAGCAACAGUCGAGUUCGGUCCGGUCGACCAGAUGCCGUGGGUCAAUCCAAACAAGUCAGGGGCCAUACUUGACACUAUCAGAAACUGUGAAAUUGCCCUCUCAUCAGAAUUCGACGCGUCUACGGACGUGAGGUCAGCGCUUAGUUGGGCGAGUAAGCUUGCUAAUGAAGGACCUCUUGUUAUUGCAGGAAGUCUUUAUCUAGUAUCUGACAUCUUCAAACUACUCAAAUAAAGGCAAAUGCAGCAUCUAUGAUAAUAGAUACUAGAAACAUCCCUUCAGGUUACACCUAGUUGUCCCUUCACGCACAUGAAAUGUUGGACAUGCUUUAAUCGGGGUAUAAUCGGGUAUAAUAUUCAUGUACAGUGGGUAAAUGCGAUAACCA